AAUUGCCUAAAAUAAGAUGUCGGCUUCGUGUGAAACAUUUCCGAUGUUUUUGCUUGACGGUGCUAUUCCUAAGGUUUCAGAAACAGAUUCUGAAGAUGACAGCGAUUCAGAUUCUAACUCGGAUACUGACUACGAAUUCCCAGAACCAAGAACGUUUCCAAUCUCGGCCACAAGCUUUCCAGGACCAAGACGUGUAAAGGUGACAGAAUUUCGACCAGUAAUACACCAGGAGGGUUACACCACAACCUACAGAUUUUCAUUUGAGAAGGAAGGAAGACACCAGUGUGAGAUCACAAAUCUGAUUUUUAAUGUGGCGUUGGCUCCAGCUGAAGUUGAGUAUCACACAGAGCAAUGGGAGAAGUGUCCCCUUCACAGCAGCUUCCUGCUUCCUGCUGGUCCACUGUUUGAUAUAAAAUGCCUGAACGGAGUUUUGAAGCACCUUUCCUUCCCACACUCAGAAUACUCUCCUGAACUUGCCUACAGUCCUUCCACGACCAACCCUGGAAGUACAGAAACACAGCCGCUGCCCAACCCCUUUAGAAGAGCAGAAAUAGAGUUGGUGGUGGCACACAAGAAAAAUGACAAUAUUGAAGUUAUUAAACCCAUCAAAGUGACGAAAACUCACAUCAAAAUAAAGGUCAAAGAAAUGUCUCUCUUUGGUCUGUUGAGAAGAAAGAAAAAAUCUAAAUUCAGAGCGCUGGUUCUUCUGUUUCUCAGCAAACUUGUGACAAGAAAAGCGUUAGAUGUGCACUUGCUCCCCUCAAACGUUGUUCUGGAUGAAGUUAAAAAGAAACAGGAAAAUGGGACUUUCCUUCGAAUGCCGGCUGAAUGUGUUAUAAUGGAGGGUGAAACAUACAACAUUUCAUGUGACCUUGAAGAGGCACGGGUUCAACCGAAAGAACAUGUUUAUUAUAGAGACUACAAUCAGAACUUCCUCCCAACAUUUCAGAUCAUUUUGAACGAUGAUGUGAUUGACCUGGAGCUACAGCUUUUCAAAAGCAGUGACAAAAACACAGCAAUCUGGUCUCGCUGGGUACCCAUUGAUGUCUGCAGAUCAUCACAACCGCCUGUUCAGAGGCUGAUGGCGAUGAGGAAGGACUUCAUUGAGGGGGUGAACGUCUCUGUCAUCGGAAGCCUGCUGGAUGACUUGCUGCAGAUCAGAGUGUUGAACGAUAGCGAGGUGGAGGCAGUGAAGCAGGGGGAGACCUGCACCAGUGCCAAGGCUCGCAACCUGAUCGACAUGGUGAGGAAGAAGGGGAGUGAAGCAAGCAAGGCACUGCUUUCCAAACUGGAGAAGAGGGACCCCAUGUUCUAUAAAUCACUUGAAACUGUUUAGUGCAAAUUGUUCAAUAUAUAGAAUUGACGAACACAAAACACAAACAAUGAAGGUCCGGCUGGGCAGUAGCCUUCAUGGAUCCUUUUCUCUGUUUUUAAUUUUAAAUUUCUCCGCUCUCGUUCCGCCUCCGAACACCCACCCGGAGUGCAGAGAGCUGCAGGUAUUUAUGCAGGUGACCAUCUCCCGAUUAGUAACAAAUUAAUCACUUAAUUAAUUCGGGAGAUGGCCACCUUCUACGUGAGGUUUUUAAUUGUGGAUGGGACUUCCCAUCCACGCUACAAAACACAAAAACACACGGCUAUCCCGUCAUUUACACAAACAUCAAUACAAAAACAAAACAAAACACACAGCGGUUCACCAUCAUAUUUAAAUACAUGAAUACAAUAAAUAAAUCAUAAGAAACAAACACAAAAUAAACUGCACAGGGGCGGAGGGGGAAACCCUGUUCUAAAAAUAAAGAAACAACACAUUUAAGCAGGGCUUUCCUACCACCCUGCUACACACAGCUUAGUAUCAUCUCCAUAGAAAAGAAUAAUACUCAAGGAAGUUCAGCUUCAUUCAACCUCCAGCUUUGCAAAUUGCAUCAGUUUGAUUUAUUUUUUAACUACAGGGGUGAUGAAGAAUAUUUGUUCUCAGGGGGUUGGGGGGCAGCAAUGAAAGUAUACUAAUUUCUAACUUUUUUAAAUGAACGAAUUCAAGUAAAUAAAUAUUUUACUACUAAAGAUACAAACAUUUUAUAUUCUCAAAUACAAUACUGGCUAUAAUAUUUAAAAGUUAAUAUUCAAAAUAAGUAGGCUACUUUUAUGCAUAGAUUAGGGAAAGGGUACAAAAUAAUAUCCAAGUGUUUGGAUAUCCCAGUGAGCACAGCUGGACCAAUAAUCAGGAAGUGGAAGCUGCAUCACACCACCCAGGCACUGCCAAGAAAAGACCGUCCCUCAAAACUCAGCGCUCAAACAAGAAGGAGACUUGUGAGAGAAGCCACAGAGAGGCCAACAAUCACUUUGAAGGAGCUACAGAGUUCAGUGGCUGGGAGUGGAGUAAUGGUGCACCAGUCAACCAUAUCAAGAGCUCUGCAUAACACUGGCCUGUAUGGGAGGGUGGCAAGAAAGAAGCCGUUACUCAAAAAGUACCAUCUGAAAGCACGUCUGGAGUUUGCCAGAAAGCAUGAGAGUGACCCAGCUGCGAUGUGCGAAAAGGUUUUGUGGUCAGAUGAGACCAAGAUAGACCUUUUUGGCCAAAACUCAAAGC